ACUGUGUUCAGCUGUGAAGCGGAAGAAAGCCUUCUUUCUUUCCAUGUUCAGUCGAGGUGUAGGAUGCAUUAGGAGGUCAUACAGCGCGGGGACGCCCCCAAGUGGAAAUCAGCAGCAUUACAGCAUCAGUCCAAGAUAAAAAUAUUUCGGUUUCGCUUUCCAAUCAUCAGAAAAGAUACCGAAGUUUUCCUCCUCACAUGAAACCAGCGGCCGCUGUCGUCAAGCUGCGGUUUGGUCUCACAGGCGGAAGGAAACGCAGGCAGAGCUCGGAAACGAUGGAGACAGAAAUACUGAAAAUGAUCUGCGCCAAUCAAGGAGCAGUCAACACUGAGGAUUUAGUGUAUAAUCUGUUUCCCGGCGAUCCCACGAAGUUGUCGGAGAUCAUUUGUAACCAAGAGAAAUUUGCUCGUUGUUGUCCAAACGGGCAGGAGAAGGUGGUGGCCAGGACCCACCUGAGACUUUGCAGAGCCAAAGACUGCCCGGGGACGUGCAGGGGUCUGCACCUGUGUAAAAACUUCCUCUUCGGAUUCUGUGAGUUCAGUCAGCUCAGGAGGGGCUGCUGCUUCUCCCAUGAGCUGACCUCUGAUCAUAACCAAAGCCUUCUGAGGGAGCAUGAGCUGGAGAGCCUGAGCCAGGAAGAGCUGUGCACCCUGCUGCUGCAGAGUGACCACACACUCCUUCCUGCUAUAUGCUACAACUACAACAAUGGUGAUGGAGAGUUCGGCAGGUGUCAGGAUGGUGAUGGUUGCAGGAGGCUCCACAUCUGUGAGAACUACAUCAGCUGUGAAUGCAGCUGCUGGAAGAACCACGAUUUUAAUGCUCCACAGCCAUUCAAAGCUUUGCAAGCUAGAGGCGUACCUGACACACUCUUUCAGUCCUUGAAGGCUGCUUAUGCAAAUAAACAGGCUUUGAGGCUGGCUGGAACCAACAGGGAAGAUAGAGUCCACAGAGGAAACUGUUCCAGUGGUGAAGUCUCUGCUAAUGACAACAACACUGAUGAAAGCAGUCUUUUUGGUAAGAGCAAAAAGCGGCCACGCCGUUGGGGUAGAGGGAAGGAUGGUAACCAGGUCAACCGAGAAAACGCCCGUUUCUCAAGUGACAUUCAUGCAGCUGACGAUGAAGCUGCAAAAGCCAACAAAGGGCACAACAAGAGACAGAGGACCAUUAGAGAUAAAACAAAGAUCUGCAUGUACUUCAUUAAAGGUCACUGCAAACAUGAUGAUCAAUGUUACAAAGCUCAUGAUAAGAUGCCGUACCGAUGGCAGGUCCAAGAAGGAGUCCAGUGGACUCCUUUGCCCGACAAUGAGACAAUUGAGAGAGACUACUGUGACCCCAGUAACUCUUGCAGUAGCACCAGCCCGCCCGUGCACUUUGACACGAUGACGUGUGGACAGAACAAAGUGUGUCGACUCUCGACAGAAAACUCAGUGAUUGAGCCGACCUUCAUCCACACCACCGAGUGGCUUUGGUACUGGCAGGAUGAGUUUGGGAGUUGGAACAUGUUUGCAUCUGCCAUUGGUGGACAUAAAGCAGCAGACAUCAACAGCGCAAAGCUGGAGGAGAAGUUUCUGGCCAAUGAUAAAGACGUGGUGGAGUUCACUGCUGGUUCACAGUCAUAUUCACUCAGUUUCCAAGACAUGAUACAGACAAACAAGCACUAUGGCACCAAAAGGCCUGUUUGUAGACGGCCGCAGUUUGUCUCUGCUGCAGAUGCUCUAAAAAAGAAAGUCAGAAGGUCUUCAGCUCAAACCUCCGCUUCAAUACCAAAAACCUGGGACAACACACAGAUCCCUCAAACAGGAUACUCGCGAAUCUCGCUCCAGCCCAGCUCAGAAGAAUUUAAGGAGGUUGAAGCUCUUUUCUAUAAAACCAUGAAAGACUGUGAUAUCGUCAACAUUGAGAGGAUUCAGAACAAAGCUCUAUGGGAAGCCUUUCAGUUGCAGAAAAAUCAAAUGAAGAGCAAAAAAAGAGAUGGAAAGGUGAUGGAGAAAAAGCUUUUUCAUGGCACUGACUCCAAAUUUGUAGACACCAUCUGCCACCACAACUUUGACUGGAGAAUCUGCGGAACUCAUGGAACAGCUUAUGGCAAAGGUAGUUACUUUGCCCGUGAUGCCAAAUACUCCCACAACUACACCGGUGACACUGAUGUGAGAGCCAUGUUCAUCUCACAGGUGCUGGUGGGAGACUACACCAAAGGGUCCUCUGAUUAUCGCCGACCUCCUUCCAAGGAUGGAGGGGGCAUCAACUUCUAUGACAGCUGUGUGAAUGAUGUAAUAGACCCCUCCAUAUAUGUGGUGUUUGAGAAGCAGCAGAUCUACCCCGAGUACCUGAUACAGUACAAGACCACAAACCUACUUGAUGUAUACAUUAGGAAUGCAGCAACUAUGGCAGGAUUUAAUCAAAGUACUAUUAAUUCUUGUGUCAUUGCUUAACAAAAGUGGUGUAAAAGGGGGUAGGCAGUGUCUUGAAAUGGAAAUUUUCUUUUGAAGGAGCUCAUUAAAGUUUGUGCUGAAUAAUUUAAUCAUAUGCAAACACAUACCUGAAAGCAAAAAAGCACAAAAAAUUCUUAAGUAGAGAUAAAUAUAUAAAAAAAGAAGCAGUAGAUAUUAAUGACAGAUAUGUUCACAAUAGAAAAGAACUCUUACUUACUUCCACACGAUUAGAAAAUGUGAAUUGUGAGCUGGUCUGUAGUUAAUGUAGAUUAACAGUUUAUGAUUAAUUAGCUUCUCAGUCAGAUGAUAUUAAAGCAUUUUAGGUUUAAUUCAAAUGAUGGGGAAACCUUGAUGAAAAUGCUGAAUGAUGAAUGAUUUAUAUUUUACAUUUUCCUGUUGCACUUUAUCAUUUCUAUUUUUGUUUUUGUUGUUUUGAUGCUGAAGUUUUCCCACCUUGACCAAAUGUAAAAUGAUUUUCUACAAAUUGCCAGCAUUUCCACUCACUUAUUAUUUAUGAGCAUAUUGAAGAUGCACAAAAAAACACGUUGGUACGAUCCCAUUUGCUGAGGUGUUGUUUAUAGAAAAUAUACCAACUUUUAAACAGAAUAAUAAAAAAACAGCACAGUGAGUUAACCUUAUCAGAAGAAACACCUAAGUGCUUUCCUCAUGAUUAUUUGGAGGUUUUUUAUGUCAGCCACAUUUAGUGCUUAUUAUACAAACGAAUCAUAAAAUGUCAAUUAAUGAUAGACCAGAUUAAAUGGUAAAUGGCAAAUGGCCUGUAUUUGUAUAGCGCUUUACUAGUCCCUAAGGACCCCAAAGCGUUUUACGCAUCCAGUCAUCCACCCAUUCACACACUGGUGAUGGCAAGCUACAAAUUAGACCAUUAGAGUCAGAAAUUCUCGUAAUGACUUGUCCGAGACACAUGAUGGAUUAUGUGUUGGUGCUUGAUUUUAGCAACAGGAAGCAGGGACCAACUUUUGAGAACAUGAAUAGAAACAAACAGCGGCUCUGUGUUUGGAAAAACCUGAAAAAAGAGAAAAAUAUUAAAAGGGCAGCACAAAGUCGAUGCUGUGGUGGCUCGUAAUCUCUUGAGUUAACUUUAAGAUCGUCCCAUUGUGCACUACAGAGCACACACCACUGCUCUUGGAGUCACGAAAACAUAAAGGCUGCGUUAAAACUUGAUAACUCAUAUAGCAUUACACUUCUUUCAACUCAAGUUCCAUUGCACUACUUUCAAGCACUUUGCAACCUGUCCUCUAAUUUGGUCAUUUCUUCUAGAUGCAUUUCUCUUGCUUGUAUAUAUUUAUUUUGUUGUAUGUACUCCUUUUGUCUGUUAUUUAUUCUUGCCGUCCUACUAUUUCUAUUUUUAUUUCAUGCACAGUUGAUGUGGAGAACCCGCAAUUUGUUUUGUACAUGCACAAAGAAA